AUGAUACCCCAGUUGAAAUUUCAACAACAUGAGGGCAAACUAAUAUUUAGUGGAAACACACCGCUAUUACAAGUGGCGGAACCAAAACUCAUUAAACAAAUUCUUGUUAAAGAUUUUCAUAUAUUUUCGGACCGAAAUUCAGUUUCCAAAAGCAAAGAACACCCGAUUGUGGGGAAAAUGUUGGCUGAACUUCAAGGGGAAGACUGGAAGAGAGUCCGAUCCAUAACCACUCCUAUAUUCACUUCCGGCAAAAUGCGGAAAAUGUAUCCAAUGGUCAGACAGUCUGUGGAGGGGUUUAUGAAUACAUUGAGUGAAUACGCAAAAGACAAACAUGAGAUCAAUGCUAAGAAUAUGUACGGCUGUCUAACUAUGGAUGUGAUCGCAAACUGCGCUUUCGCUACAAAAAUCAAUGCUUUCAAAGAUCCAAACAAUGCAUUUGUAGUGAACGGAAGGGAUGUGUUUAAAGUUCCGGAUAACAUUAAUGAUGAGAGCGAUAGAUAUGAAGAGCAUCACAUCAAUCAGGGCGAAGAAGAAUUAGAAAUUGAGAAAAAAAUAUUAAGUAUAAAACAAUCAAAUAAAUUCAUAACAGAGGAUGAGAUGAUAGGGCAGGGAUUUAUUGUGUUUAUCGCUGGAUAUGAGACAACAGCCACUACUCUGUCCUUCUGUUCCUAUGAAUUGGCACUCAAUCCAGACGUUCAGCAAAAACUAUACAAAGAAGUGAUGUCUUCGAUGGACACAAACGGAGAGAUUGAUUACGAAGUGUUGACAAAACUCCCGUUUUUGGAUGCAGUCAUCGCUGAAACUCUUAGACUCCAUUCACCUGUUGUUAAAAUAAGUAAAAUUGCUGCACAAGACUACAAGUUGGGAAACACUGGGAUUACUGUUUUUAAGGGACAAGUUGUAGAAAUACCUGUUCAUGCCAUCCAUCACUCGGAAGAUUUCUAUCCAAAUCCCAAAAAGUUUAUUCCCGACCGCUUUUUACCCGAAAAC